AUGGCAGAGAUUGAGAAUUAUGAGAAUGGUCACUUGGAUUAUGUUGAUAAUACACUAGCAUUAGUACCUGCCAGUAUGCCUGCUACCUGUCACACCAGCACUGAAUUGAAGCCAGUUAGUGAAAGUGUUAGACAGGUUCUUGAUGCUCUCAGGAGUAUCAGAGAAAAUCUUCAGAGCUCAAUGGAGAAAAGAGAUAUAAUUAGAGCUGGCCCAAUUGAUCAAACUCAAACAUGCAAAUAG